GCGUCUCACCGUCGCCUCCACUUUGCUCGAAUUAUGUUGAUCUGAAAAAGCCUUGCGUGUCAUUCAUCUUUGAAAACAGUUUUAAAACUCAAAGUAGAUUACGAAAAGUAAUGAUGGAGAGAGUUGAUCCAAACAAAUUUUAUUUGUAGCCAUCAAAUGCAAUCUCUUAGCUCAGAGCUCUGCGAUCCUGUAGGACACUGUGACACUUGAACUCUUCACAUUUCUAUGUAAAGGAAUGCAGAAUGGGAAUUUGCAUCACUGAAGUUAUUGUGGACUUAGGAAAAACGUACCGAAACGCGAGGAAGCGCCGCGGCAUGGUGAUAAUUUUCAUUUUAGCACUGGGUUCGUUCUUCUUAUGGAUGGAAACCGAAUAUCUCAUGAAAGAAAGCGAUUCUGCCCAGGACCCGUUCUUUCACUUGCGUGGGAGGAAAGUUGAUGGCACCAUUUCACAUCACUUCGUUUCGAAGGCAUUCAGCAAAAUCCAGACGGACUCCGCCAGCCUGAAAUGUCAGCCGCUAUUUAAUAUUAUGUACCUGAAAACUCACAAGUGUGCGUCUUCGACGAUGCAGAACAUCCUCUUCAGGUAUGCCUGCACUCACAACCAGAGACACGAAACUAUAACCUGUGGCCAGUUCUCCGACGCAGAGUUGACUGGAAAGGUCAAAGCGGAUCAUGAAAUGGCUUUGGGAAAAUCAAGUGACGAGCAAGUUAAUGGUUCACAUCUUGCCAGCCGUUGGAGAGAAGAAGACCCGAUUUUUGUCGCUGUUCCAUAUGAGGGCGUCUAUGCUGGCAGUCCAGCCCGAUUCAGGGCAGAAAUUUUGCAAUAUCCGAAAUGGCUACUGCCUCCGUCUGGUAUGGUGAACAUGUUUGGUUUGCACACGAGGAUGGACGCUUACGAACUACAGAAGAUCCUUCACAGGGACUCACUCUGGUUCACCGUUUUGAGACAUCCUAUCCAACUGUACACGUCUUUGUUCACUUAUUUCAAGAUAAACGGAGUAGUUGGAGGUUCCCUAAACCAUUUUCUGAAGAGGCCUCUGAGUGAGAUGAGAACAGCAAAACGACUCAACGGGAAUUUCGGGGCUAAUCAGAUGACUUUUGAUCUGGGAUACGAUCCUGACGUGUUCUAUGAUGAUGAUAAAAUUGACGACAUGAUCAGAGAUGUAGAAGAUACUUUCGACUUAGUCCUGAUCGCGGAGAGACUAGACGAGUCCCUGAUCCUUUUAGGCCACGCCCUUUGCUGGUCUCUAGAUGACUUGGUCUCCCUUAGCAAGAAUGUCAGGUCGACGAGGCAAUCUCUGACUUCGGAAGAGCAGACUAAAUUAGAGGAGCUAAACUACUCAGACAUGAGACUGUACCGCCACUUUUCCAGCCAGUUCGAGGAGCUGACGCAGCGCUACGGAAAGAAGAAGCUGGAGGAAGAGGUGGCGGCUCUCAGGGCUGAGCGGCAAAGGGUCGAGAGUUACUGCGUCGAGAGUAAGGUGGCAGGACACCACAAAAGCGCUUCCAUCAAAGAAUAUUCAGCUGACGUCUUUGGCUUCAAGCUGUCUCAUCCGGAAGACCCCUUAUGCAGAGCCUUAGCUUGGAAUAGCAAACACUACAUCUCCUAUUUCAGGGAUCUCAUGAAGAAGAGAUUCGGCCAGCGACAGGCUGGCCCUUCCUUAUGAUGUCGGCCAGAGAAACCAGGGAAUAUUUAAUUUCAUAAUGCAGCCCCCCAUCCCAAGAGCAGAGCCAAUGAAUACUUAUUUUCAUACU